AUGCGCCAAUUAAAUCCUCUCGGUUCGUCCUCGGCCGGUGUACUUCUCGUCUCAUUCCUCUCUCUCGUCCAGAUUUCCAAAGCUGUCAAACACGGGGAUUUCAAAACAUGCGCGCAGUCCGGCUUCUGCAAGCGUAAUCGAGCUCUCGCCGACCAAGCUACUGCUGCUGGGGCCUCCCGAACAUCACCAUACGAGCUAGAUGCGAACACCGUGGCUCUUAAGGACGGCGUUCUUACAGCUACCAUUCUGAAGAAUAUUGGUGAGGAGAACGUGGAGCUUCCUCUCGUCUUCUCGUUCUUGGACAAUGGCGUUGCGAGAGUUACGAUUGAUGAGGCAAAGCGAAUGACUGGCCAGAUUGAGCUCAGACAUGGGAGUACAGCAAAGAAGGAGCGCUAUAACGAGGCGGCCAAGUGGGCGCUGGUAGGAGGGGAGAAUUUCCAUAAAGAUGCUAUCAUUAAGACAGAAGACGGGGUCACUAGUGUUGCAUACGGCCCUGCAGGUUACCAGGUGAAGAUCACACAUAAACCAUUUAGCGUGAAGUUCCUGAAAGAUGGUGAAGCCCAUGUGGUGCUGAAUGAGAGGAGCUUUAUGAAUAUAGAGCAUUGGAGGCCAAAGCCGGAGGAUAGCGAUGGUAACAAAGGUGAUGAUACAUGGUGGGAAGAGGCUUUUGGAGGAAAUACCGACAGCAAACCCAGAGGUCCUGAAUCUGUUGCUAUGGACAUUACGUUCCCCGGUUAUGACCACGUCUAUGGUAUUCCUGAGCAUGCUAGUAGUCUAUCGCUCAAGGAGACUCGUGGUGGCGAGGGCAAUUAUAACGAGCCAUACCGCCUUUAUAACGCGGACGUAUUUGAGUACGAAAUUGAUUCUCCUAUGACCCUUUAUGGUUCUAUCCCAUUUAUGCAGGCUCAGAAGAAGGGAUCUACAGUUGGUGUCUUCUGGCUAAAUGCUGCCGAAACCUGGAUCGAUAUUGUCAAACAAAAGACCAAUGUGAACGCGCUUUCGCCCGAAAGAGCAACUACACAGACACAUUGGAUGUCCGAAAGCGGACUUUUGGAUAUCUUUGUGCUUCCGGGCCCCAAUUCAUCCUGGUUGUACAAGCAAUACGGCGACCUUACAGGUUUCACUGCGCUGCCAGCAGCUUUCUCAAUUGCCUACCAUCAAUGCAGGUGGAACUAUGUUUCUCAAGAUGAUGUCAAGGAUGUUGACCGCAAGUUUGAUAAAUUCGAUAUUCCAUAUGAUGUUAUUUGGUUGGAUAUUGAGUACACCGACAGCAAGAAGUACUUUACUUGGGACCCUUUGACCUUCAAAGAUCCUGAGACCAUGCUCAAAACAUUAGAUAAACGGGAGAGAAAGCUUGUGGCUAUUAUUGAUCCCCACAUCAAAAACGACAAGAACUAUGCCAUUGGCAAUGAGCUUGUAAACAAAGGUUUUGGUGUCAUGGAUAAAACCGGUAAAAAAAUCUAUGAGGGCUGGUGUUGGCCUGGUUCUUCCCACUGGAUUGACUGCUUCAACCCUGCCGCAAGGGCUUGGUGGAAGUCACUCUUUGACUUCAAAAAGUUCGUUGGCUCUAUGCCAAAUACAUGGAUCUGGAAUGAUAUGAACGAGCCUUCUGUUUUCAACGGCCCAGAAACCACAAUGCCAAAAGACAACAUCCACUAUGAUAACUGGGAGCACAGAGACGUGCACAAUUUGAACGGGAUGACUUUCCACAAUGCAACAUAUGAAGCCCUCAAGACCCGUCUUGGUCCCGGAAAAGAGCGAAGACCAUUUGUGUUGACCAGGUCCUACUUCGCCGGCUCUCAGAGAACUGCAGCAAUGUGGACUGGUGAUAACCAGGCAGACUGGAGCCAUCUUGCCCAGGCUUUCCCUAUGCUACUUGCUCAAGGUAUCGCCGGUAUGCCCUUCGCUGGAGCUGACGUCGGCGGCUUCUUUGGAAACCCAAGCAAAGAGCUCCUAACCCGUUGGUACCAAGCCGGUGCCUUCUACCCCUUCUUCCGCGGCCACGCUCACAUCGACGCUAAACGCCGAGAGCCAUAUCUCGCAGGAGAGCCCUACGUUUCCAUAAUCCGAGAUGCCAUCCGUCUUCGUUACUCUCUUCUCCCCACCUGGUAUACCGCUUUCCAUCGCGCCUCAUGGGAAGGAAUGCCAAUUUUGCGUCCCCACUUUGUCAUGUUCCCCGAUGAUGAGGCUGGUUUCGCGAUUGACGACCAGUUCUACCUCGGUGACACCGGUAUCCUCGUUAAACCCAUUGUUUCCGAGGGUGUCACGGAGACAUCAGUUUAUGUUCCCGAGGAAAAUAUGGUGUACUACGAUUACUUCGACUACACCAUGUACAACGGCAAGGGCAUCCGCUCUGUUCCUGCACCCCUGGGCUCCAUUCCAAUGCUGAUGCGCAGCGGCCAUAUCAUCCCGCGCAAGGAUCGCCCACGUAGAUCCUCUGGUUUGAUGCGCUACGAUCCAUACACCCUCGUCGUGGCACUUGCUCCAGGAGGCGCUGGCGGUGUCCUCUAUGUAGAUGAUGGCGAGACAUAUGACAACAAGGACGGCGCUUUCAUUCACCGCUCAUUCAUAUACAACCCGGGUGACAAGACACUCCGCUCAGGAAACUUGCACCCAGAGCCGGCAAAGGCUGCUAAGUAUGUCAAGGAGAUGAGGGACGUGCGGGUAGAGAGGGUUAUUUUGGUUGGGGUAACAGAUGAGUGGAAGGAUAAGAAGACGGUGGAGGUGAAGCAGGGAAGUAAGACGUGGGAUGCGGAAGUUAAAUUUGUAGAGGGAAAGGAGGGCAGGGCGAGCCAUGUGAUUGUGAGGAACCCGAGAGUCGCAAUCGUGAAAGAUUGGACUAUCAAUUUUGCAUAG